GGCAGGCAGCGCCUGGGCGCUUUAGGGAGGGGGCGGGCCCGAGGGCCGUGGCCCAGGAGCGGUUGCUGCGGGGAUGGGGCGGUGACGCGGCCCGAGGGCGGAAGUGAGAAAGUUGCCGGCGUCCCGAGGCGAGUUGCCGGAGCUGAGCGCGCGCCGCGGCGAUGGGGGGCUCGGGCAGUCGGCUGUCCAAGGAGCUGCUGGCCGAGUACCAGGACUUGACGUUCCUGACCAAGCAGGAGAUCCUCCUAGCCCACAGGCGGUUUUGUGAGCUGCUUCCCCAGGAGCAGCGGAGCAUGGAGGAGUCACUGCGGGCUCAAGUGUCCUUUGAGCAGAUCCUCAGUCUUCCAGAGCUCAAGGCCAACCCAUUCAAGGAGCGAAUCUGCAGGGUCUUCUCCACGGCUCCAACCAGAGACAGCCUGAGCUUUGAAGACUUCCUGGACCUCCUCAGUGUGUUCAGUGAUACAGCAACCCCAGACAUCAAGUCCCACUAUGCCUUCCGCAUCUUCGACUUUGAUGACGAUGGAACCCUGAACAGAGAAGACCUCAGCCGGCUGGUAAACUGCCUCACGGGAGAGGGUGAGGACACUCGGCUCAGCGCUGCAGAGAUGAAGCAGCUCAUUGACAAUGUGAGUGUAGCUGGGCUGGGUCUGGCUGGGCCUGGGAGUGGGAGGGAAGGAUGGACCUGUGGCCUGAAGCCCUCCCAUUCCCAGAUCCUAGAAGAGUCUGACAUUGACAGGGAUGGGACCAUCAACCUCUCUGAGUUCCAGCAUGUCAUCUCCCGUUCACCGGACUUUGCCAGCUCCUUUAAGAUUGUCCUGUGACAGCAGCCCCACCAUGUGUCCCAGCAUCCUGUCCAAGAACCUUUCCACUGCCAAUCUGUGACCAAGGUCAUGCCUGUGUUGACAGGGCCGGCUGAGCUGGCCCAUCCCGGAGCUGGCACGGCAGUCUCCGCCUGGGCAGGAAGGGCCCUCCUUGUCAGGGCCUCCCCCUUCUUGCUGCCCUUUGCACCACUGUUUGUUUCUACUGAUCAGUAAUAAAGGGUUAGAAGUUUUGACCUUGUGUGUGGCACCAGAGACGCUGGUAUAAGACUGGACUUCUAGGGGCCUUUGAGCCUACAAGGAAUAAGCAACAUCUAUAGAAGCGGCCAGUGGGAAGUCACCCCAUACCCCCACCCCAGCCACCCCCUGUGAGGGUGUGAGUAUGCAAGGGGCAGCAUGGGGGAUGGAACUCUCCUGUAUCCUGAUUGCAGUGGUGGUUACAUGACUCGUGUUAAAAUGGGAACUGUGCCCCAAAAGAAAAAAGUCCAUUUUACUGUAUGACUAUUUGAACAGCUAAAAAAACUUGAAAGGAUUAAAAAGAAGGCCCCCUCCCGUGUCCUCGCUGAACUGAACUGCAGUGGGCUUAACGCCACACCUGAGAGCCACACUCACAGGGUGAUGCUGCUGACCAGGCAAGGCCGACUCUGGCUCAUCAGUGCUCAGGAAGAGGAGGCUCAGAAGCCCCAGAACUCAGAACCAGAACAACCUCAAAAGGCGACAGUCCUUUAAGCAAAGGUCAUGAUUAAACAAUAAUUCUAAAGACUUUAUUAAAAAAAGGUAAAGUGCAUCUUAUUAAAAAUAUGUAAAACCCA